GCAAGAAAUCAUCUCGUAUGCCUGCGCCUCGUCCACUAAUUAGCCUAUGUGGGUAGGCUACCGGCAAUGUUUGAGAAGUAGCGGAAAGUGUAAGAACGCUAAGGACAAAAUGUAGAAGUGCGUUCCCGCCCACUUCAAGGACUGCAUGUGAGACAAGAACACAUCUUGUGAGAGAGACGGUCUGUCUUCUUGAACAGACAAGAACGGAUGGGUUUGAAGUUGAGAUGAGCCUACAUGAAGUUGAGAAGUUUCAUCCUCAGGGGGCGUGACUAUAAGGGUGGGAGCAAACUCAUGUGUGACCCUCCCCUCCCCCGUCCUCCGACCUCCGUUCCUUCAGGAAAUCCUGAGAUGCAACAUUCGGUAGCUACCUCAAGGAACCCGCGAUCUUUGGCAAACGCUCGUAGACAUUUAGAGGAUUCAAAGGUGCGAGAUAUCAUAACUUGAUGACUUCUGUGGAGAGAUUCCCACAGCAAUGUCUCCCCUGCCCUCGCCGAACUUCGUGGGAACGGAUACAAUUCUGGGAACCUGCGGCACUUGCAGGGUUUCUCUGAGCGCCAACGAAACGAACCCGCUGUUGUUACCAUGCCUACACUCUAUGUGCAAUAACUGCAUACCUCCACCAGAUCAAGGAGUUGCAGUGUGUCCGGUGUGUGGAAUGUUGUACUCCCUUCAAAGUGUCACACCCCAUCCUCUCUUCUGCAAUGUCGCGUCCAUAUCAUCUUCACAGAAAUGUGGGGGAUGUGAGAGUGCUGCCGUUGAGGGCUGGUGUGUCGAGUGUGGGGAGGCGCUGUGUGUGGAGUGUGUGUCGGCGCACAGGAGGGUACGGAUGACCCGAGACCACACCAUAAAGACCCAGAUGACCUCCUCAGGUUUUGCCAGGAAGACUUACUGCCCCAUCCAUAAGGACGAGCCUUACAAGCUCUACUGCAUCACCUGUGGUCAGCUCACCUGCAGGGACUGCCAGCUCACACUGCACAGGAACCACAGUUUCCAGUUUAUGGGAGAGGUGGUUUCGGAGCGCAGACAGAAGCUGGAGGCUCUGGUCCACAGAGUAAAAGAGCAGAGAGCGUACACCCAACGCAGCAUCCAGGAUUUGGAAGGACGGCUUCUGGACCUGGAGGACGAGAUGGACGGCUUCAAGCAGAAUGUGAAGCAAGCACUGAAGGAGUUCCGGGACAUACUGGUUCAGACCGCCAUGAAGCUCAUGUCCGACUCUAAGGUAAUGUACACUUCGGAAUUCGAUCGCCUGAAGCGGCAGCAAUCAGUGCUCCAGAAACUACUGGAGAGGCAGGCGUACCUACUGGCCUUCAGUGAGAAAACCCUGGACCGCAUGGACCAGAUUGCGCUAUUGUCCUGUGUAAAUCAGGUCCAGCAGCAGCUGCAGACGGUGUUGACCCAGAAUCCUCCUCCCUUCGCCCACAUGCUGCAGAUCUCCCUCCACGUCAACAAGCCUGAGGUUCAGGAAGCCCUCAGCCGUUUCGGAAAGGUGUCAUGGAGGCUUAUUCCGUUUGCCUGUUCCAAAAAGAACAGGCCUCCUAAGAAAGCCAAAGAGACCCCUCCUGUUCCUGGUCAGUUGGUGUCCCUGGAGAGCCUGGAGCCGUUAUGCCUACUGGGGCCUGCAGAGGGCGCUCCUGCUGUUCCUCUCAUCACCACCAGAGGGUGCUCUGUGUCGUCGCCCACAAAGGUUAUGGUAGAGAGCACGACCUCGUCCCCUGGAUGCAGUGAGGGAAAAGCUGGACUGGAUUCGGUGACUAGUAUGGAGUGUGAGCCUUCGUCCACCGUGCCAGACCCUGUGGGCAAACCCAGCUCUCCACCCGAGAGCCCCCCUCUAGUGGACACGUCUGGUGUCACCACCAGAGCUAGCAUGGAGAGACUAGCGUCAUGGGACGAACGUAGCAGAGUAACUGGGAUCAGUACAGUUGCCCCGCCCGGAAGUUCUCCUACCCCGUCAGCCAUCAUCAACCCUGGCGGGGGCUCUGCCAGUGAGGAGACAUCUGUUGUGGUCGUGCAGGACAGACCAAUCAAGGGCCGUGCUGAAGCUUUACCUCAGGACAUAGCUGCUAGCAGCACUGCUAGCGAAACUUGCUGCUUCAGAAGGACAGAGUCUGAGGCUGUAGAGUCUCAUGAGCGCGAGCAGAGGGAGUCUGAGGCUGUAGAGUCUCAUGAGCGCGUGCAGAGGGAGUCUGAGGCUGUAGAGUCUCAUGAGUCUCAUGAGCACGUGGAGAGGGAGUCUGAGGCUGUAGAGUCUCAUGAGUCUCAUGAGCACGUGGAGAGGGAGUCUGAGGCUGUAGAGUCUCGUGAGCAUGUGCAGAGGGAGUCUGAGGCUGUAGAGUCUCGUGAGCAUGUGCAGAGGGAGUCUGAGGCUGUAGAGUCUCAUGAGCAUGUGCAGAGGGAGUCUGAGGCUGUAGAGUCUCGUGAGCGCGUGCAGAGGGAGUCUGAGGCUGUAGAGUCUCGUGAGUCUCGUGAGCGCGUGCAGAGGGAGUCUGAGGCUGUAGAGUCUCGUGAGCAUGUGCAGAGGGAGUCUGAGGCUGUAGAGUCUCAUGAGCAUGUGCAGAGGGAGUCUGAGGCUGUGGAGACUCGUGAGCACGUGGAGAAGCAGGAGACUAGAGUCCCAGAUGUUCUUGUAGCUCAACUCUGCUCCUCACACACAAAGACAGACACCAAACAUCUAGAGGAGGAGGAGGAGGGGUCAAAAUGCCCAAUUAUUAUUAUGAAUGUAGAAGCAGCAGGGGCAGUUUUAUCGGGGGAGGAGUCAGAGUACACAGAGGCGGUAGGGUCUGAUGAGGUCACACCAGGAGUGGGGUCAUGUCUACAGGGAGCGGAGUCAAAGGUCACACAGUCUGAAUGUCCAGUUAUGGGGUCAUGUGAACAAGGGGAUGAGUCUGAGCAUGUCCGAGAGUUGGAGUCUCUGGGUGUCACUACUGAGCGUGUGCAGGAGUUGGAAUCUCUCCAUGUCACUACUGAGCAUGUGCGGGAGGUGGAGUCUCUCCGUGUCACUACUGAGCAUGUGCGGGAGGCAGAGUCUCUCCGUGUCACUACUGAGCAUGUGCGGGAGUGCGAGUCUCUCGGUGUCACUACUGAGCAUGUGCGGGAGUGCGAGUCUCUCGGUGUCACUACUGAACAUUUGCGGGAGUUGGAGUCUCUUGGCGUCACUACUGAGCGUGUGCGGGAAUUUGAGUCUCACGGUGUUACUACUGAGCAUGUGCAGGAGGUGGUCUCUGACUGCGUCAUCACUGAGCAUGUGCAAGCGGCUCCACCAGAUGUUCCUGUCUGUCCAGAGAGAGACCAAUCAUCUAUGGCCCCUUCUGGUCCUUCGCCUCUACCUGCAUUUCCACAAACUCUCUGCCAGGAGCGGCCAACACUUCGGUCUUUCCUGAAAGCUUUGAAUCUGACAAGGAGUCCAGGAUUGGUCAGAAAUCCAGCGGCUUCUGCUUCACAGGGUGCAGGUGCAGCUGGACACGAAACUGACACCAUCAACAGCUACUGCUGCCCUCUAGAGGAGGAAGACUUUGAUGAAGAGGAUGAUCGUAUUGAUGUAGAAAUGCAGGAUGAAGAAAUCUACCAUCUCUUACCAAAGAAGCAUUGGCUACCUCAGGUGUCAGUCUACCACAUGCCCCUCCCCUCCAUCUCUAUUGGUCAGCCCCUACCUCGGUUUCGCCUCCUCCAGGGGGAAGGUUCCAUGGAGUUUCUGAUCCAGGAGAUACCUGAGGAUAACAAGUCUGCAGAGUGCAAGACCCAUGCUGUCCAGCAGAGGCGCUGUGUGGUGUGUCACAUGGAGGGCAUGCUGUACCACUGUGCCACCUGUAACCGUGGAUACCACAAAGGAUGCCACAUACCGCCCUUAAUCACCAAAAUCAGCGAAGGCUGGGUGUGUGGCCUGUGUCUGGAUGUGUCGGCGGAGGUGAGACUGCAGGGCGGCUUUGAGGGAGGAUCCUGCAUGAACGCUCAGGACCAGAAGAUUUGUGAGUACUUGCUGCUCUCACUGUGGUGCAGCAAAUACAGGCCUGUACUUUUCAUGCAAAAUCAGGAGCCAGCCUCUUGCUCCUCUGGCGCCGUGAGCAUCAUGCUCAUCCGUGGCCGGUUGCUACAGAAACUAGCGCCUCCGUACCGCACCCCUUCGGAGUUUGUGUCUGACAUCUGGCUCCUGCUGGACUUGCUGCUCAAGAGGGCAAAGUGGAAGGCCGAGUGUGAGAAGCAGGUGAAGUCUCUGCAGAUGAUCUUCUCCAGGCGGCUGCAGCGAGUGAUCGGCCACAGCCUCCACCAGUCUCUCCUGCGCAACCCCCACCGCCAGCGGCAGAGGGGCCGGCCUCGGAAACAGCACAAGGGGCUGCCGGAACAAGGGAAGGAGAGGCUGCCCGACCGAGGGAAGGAGAGGAAGGCACAGCGAGACGAAGGGAGGGAGAGGAAGGAGAAGAAAGUGGAACGAGACGACCGAGUGAAAGUGGGAAGAUCGGGAAACACAGGGAAGCGGAAAGCUGGGAGGAAGGAGAAAAAACGAUCGCAAAUGCAGUCGCAGUUGCGGAGGCAGUCGCAGGCACAGGUGCAGACGCAGUUGCAGGUGCAGGUGCGGACUCAGUCACUGAUGCGGUCGCAAACGCAGGCGCUGACGCAGUCACAGACGCAGAUGCAGAUGAAGUCACAGUCACAAUUACAGGUGCAAAUACAGACAAAGUUACAGUCGCAGAUGCAGACGCAGUUGCAAAUACAGACGCAGUCUGAUGCACCCAGGACUAGUGAGGUGCCAUCAUCAGGCGUGCUGCGGUUCCUUCUCCUGGAGAAGGACAACGGUCGGACCCAGACAGGGACUGAGGUGAUGAGACUUCAGCCACACACGUAAGCAUCUUCCACGCACACAACACACACACACGUUUACUACUGACAUAAGGUGCCAAACACACACACACACACACACACAGUUAAUGGUCUCCAACAACCAUACACACUACUGAGCUAAAGUGCCAAACACCCCCACCCUCAUGCCCCCACCCUCAUGCAUACACACACACACACACACACACACACACACACACACACACACACACACACACACAGACUACAGACUGCUGCUCAACAGAUGUGUGAUGUGUGCAGUGAUUUGAAGUGCCAAGAGUUUGUGUUUGUGAUGGCCAGUGUUCCAGUGUGCAUUUUACUUAAAGGUUUAAAUACAGGUCUAUUCCUGUAUUUUAUGUAUAUAGUUCAACUUUUUUAUACUGUGUGUUUGUCUAUACUGAGGAUGAAUAAAAAAAGAUUUGUUUUUUGCCAAAA